AUGUCGCUAUUACAGUCCUUCCGCAACCUCUCGCCCCGCACCCGCAUAGGCGUCGGCCUGGGCCUGCUGGCCUGGGGCGCCAUCGGUCUGCAGCUAGCUGAUCGGGCCGAGGCGCGGUACGGCUUCGCGCCCACCGAGGACGACAAGGCCGCGCUCGCCAAGAUCCUACCGAGCGUCACCGCCGUCGAGAGAGAGGAAAGGAAGAACGAGGGAGGAGGUGGAGACGAUGGCCGGUGCGACCUAUCGGAUGCCGAGCCAGCUGGCGGACUGAGCUUUGGGUGCCGUGCAGAAAGGAGAGGAGAUUUCGCCACCUGGAGAGGGAUGAACGGGCGGGCUUUCCUAGCUGGACCGGAUUUACCUGGCUCGAGUCUCGAACGAACGUCUCGGUGCCCAACCCUGGACGAUCUUUCUACUCCAUCGACGUGGGAGCGGGGGCGGCGGGAAACGGAAACGAAAGGGGGAGAUGGAGUCGACGAGGUCGGGUUUGCUAGCUAG